AGCUAUUACGUCUGGAUGUGUCAGAGGGAGUCAGGGCGAGUCUUGACUGCAGACAUCGUCGAGUAGCAACCAGGAUGCGCAUCAAUAAGAAAAGAAACCUUCGCUUUUCUCUAAACGAUUCAUCACUGACAAACGUGUGACCGCUCACAUCGACACACAAGGGAAACCAGCAUCUCAAAGAGCUGACAGUUCUGAUUCAGAGUCGGCUCGACAUCGUUCUGCUCUUCAGCUCCUUUUACUCUAAAUAUCCACCCUCGGCCCCGACGUGACCCCACCAUGUCCGGGAAGGAGCGCAGCCCCCGCCACCGGCCGUGGUCGGUCUACCGGGCCAACACGUUUGAUCUCUCGGCUGAGAUGAUGGGGCUGGCUCUCUCGGGCCACAGUCAGGAUCCAGACGAGCCUGUGUUGGAGUUUAGUGUCGCCUGCAGCGAGCUGGUCACGCCCUCUCUGGACCGUAAGCCCACCAGCUUCGUGGCCGUCAGCUGCACCACUCCUCCUCAGGCCUUCUGGACCAAGCACGCUCAAACUGAGAUCAUAGAGGGCACCAGUAACCCAAUCUUCCUGAGCAGUGUGGCGUUCUUUCAGGACUCUCUGAUCACUCAGCAGACUCAGGUCAAGCUUUCUGUCUACGAUGUAAAGGACCGCACACAGGGCACGAUGUACAUGCUUGGUUCCUCCAUGUUUUCUGUGAAAGAGCUGCUGCAGGACAAACACCACAGACUGCACCUGACUCUCAGGUCAGCGGAGAACCAGCGAGUGGGGAACAUCACCGUCAUCGCCUGGCAGAUAGAGGAGAAGCGCGAGCAGAGAGCUCCCGUCGCACGAUUACAGAGAGGAGACACUGUUAAUGGACGGAUGGUUCUCCCUGUUGAUGAAAGUCUGACUGAAUCCCCGAACAUUAAAAGCAAAUCUUCUUCUCUGUGUAAAGAUCCGCUGCUGAAAGCUGUGUUUGGGGGCGUGAUGUCGCGGACAUACCGGUUCCCCACCACUGACGGGAACCACCUCCGGAUCCUGGAGCAGAUGGCGGAGAGCUCGCUGUCCCUGCACAUCCCGAGACAGUUCGUCAAACUGCUGCUGGAGGAAGACGCCGUCAGGGUGUGUGAGCUGGAGGAGCUGGGUGAGCUGUCUGCAUGUUGGGAGAACCUCCGGAGGCAGAUCAUUACGCAGUAUCAGACCAUCAUCCUCACCUAUCAGGAGACCAUCAGUGACCUGCACGAAUAUAAAGGUCCUUCAUUUAAGUCGAGUACCUUGAAAGCUGAGAGGAAACUGGAGUUUAUUCCAACUAACCUGCACAUCCAGAGGAUGAGAGUACAGGGAGAGUCCGGCUAUGACCGGACAUACGAUGUUGUGACUAUUGGUGCACCUGCAGCUCAUCAUCAAGGCUUUAAAGGCUGCGGCCUUCGGAAAAUCCUGCACAAGCUUGAAGAAGCCAGGAAACACACUUAUGAGGAGGAGAGCCAAGGCUCGAGCGGCUCCGGCUCUAAAGGAAUGACGUACCAGCCUCAGGAUGUUGUGAAAGCGAAGGAGCUGAUUGGUCAAAUAAACACUCUGAAAACACAAGUGUGUUACUACACUGAACGUCUGUCUCGAGCCGCCAAGGAGCGCUCGGCUAACGCUCUGGAGAGAACCCUGGCCAUCCUGACAGAGAAGACUCGUCAGCUGGUGACCGUCUGCGACUCCAAGCUGCUGUCCUCCGCCAUCCUCGCCCUGGCAGCAGCCCGCCCAGAGUCCACUCAGCAGAGCACCCCGUCCCCGUCCUCCUCCUCCCUCUCACCCUCCUCUCGUUCCCCGUCUCGCUCCCCUUCCCGCCACCCGACCUCCCCGUCUCGUGCCGCCACCUCGCCUUCUCGCCAUAUGACUCUUCCGGAGGGCAGCGAAGGGAGUAAAAACAAGCGCGCCUCUUUGCAGGCAGAUUUUCAUGAGGAGGAGUGGGAGAAGGUUUGGCUAAAUGUUGAUAAGAGCCUGGAGUGUGUGAUCCAGAGGGUGGACAGGCUGCUGCAGCGAGACAAACUCCAGAGCGACAGCAGCUCUGAGGACGUCUUCCUGCUCGCCAACGAGGAGCCAAAUAGCACUAAGAAAGAUGUCUGUCCAGAGGUAGAAAAGAAGUCCCCAGGUGAGUGGAGCGAUGCUCUCUACCCUCUCCUCACCACGCUGACUGACUGUGCGUCUCUGAUGAGUGAUAAAGCCAAGAAGGCCAUGGUGUUUCUGCUGAUGCAGGACAGCGCCCCCACAAUCGCCAUGAGCCUGCCCAUGCAGUACCGCCGCGACGUCGUCUUCUGUCAGACGCUGACGGCGCUGAUCUGCGGCUUCAUCAUCAAACUGAGGAACUCUCUCUGUGAAACAGGCUUCCUCAGGCAGCUGCACACCAUCGGCUUACUGGUGCAGUAUGAGGGCCUGCUCAGCACCUACGGUGAGGAACUGGCCAUGCUGGAGGAUAUGAGCGUAGGAGUCAUGGACCUGAGAAACGUCACCUUUAAAGUCACCCAGGCCACUUCUGGCUUCGCCCCGGACAUGUUGCCGGUGAUCACAGGAAACAGAAACGGCUUCAACGUCAGGGUCCCGAUGCCCGGCGUGAUGUUCGACAGCCUGCCGCGAGAGAUCCAGAACGGGAUGCUGCUGCGUGUGCAGCCCGUCCUCUUUAACGUGGGGAUCAACGAGCAGCAGACACUGGCUGAGAAGUUUGGAGACACGUCACUACAAGAGGUGAUCAACAUGGAGAGCAUGACUCGCCUCAGCUCGUACUACGACCAGUUUAAAGAAGUCCUGCCAGAGGACUGCCUGCCUCGCACCCGCAGCACCACCUCUCUGCCCGAUCUGCUUAAACAGCUGAACCAGAAUGUGAACGCCAAGAAAAGCAAGAACGUGGAGAUUUUGUGGCAAGCAGCUGAGGCAUGUCGCCGCCUGAACGGCGUGCGUUUCACUAGCUGUAAGAGCGCCAAGGACCGCACAGCCAUGUCUCUGACCCUGGAGCAGUGUCAGAUCCUGCAGCAGGAGCACGCCCUCGCCCCACAGGUCUUCUACCAGGCCUUGGACUGUAUGCGCAGCGAGGGCUGCAGGAGAGAGAACACCAUGAAGAAUGUGGGAUGUCGUAAAUACGCCUUUAACUCCCUCCAGCUCAAGGCCUUCCCCAAACAAUACCGCCCUCCAGAGGGGACGUACGGGAAAGUUGAGACCUAAGAGGACUCCUCUAGCUGGAGGGAAACCAAAAGACUGAAGGGGAUAAUGAUGACAGCACCACACAAACAGAAAUACCAAACACAAACUGGAACAACAGCCCUUUGUUUUGUGCUUAGUCACUGUUAAGAUGAUUAAUGUCCAAGUGCCAGUGCUACUGUAGAUUGUUUUAUAGCAGUUUCCCCCUCUCCUCCAGUAGUACUAGUCUCACACACUUUUCACAGCCACUUCACAGCCAGAAACAGUAACAUUGGCUUUCUGUGUUACAUUGUAGCCCGUGUACAGACAGCACUGUUGGCUGCUGUACUAGUCGUAGCAUCAGGAGGCAUUCAGCUGAGUCAGUUUAACUUGUGUCCCUAGAAAUAAGAUGUGAAAAUGUCUCAGCCUUUGGAAAGAUGAUGUGGAGCACACAUUUCUCCUCACCCUAUCUUCUUUAAUUUGUUCAGUUUAAAGUCAGUUUGUUGACUAGAGGAUAAGGCCAUAGAUUUAUCUUAUUGUCAACAACUCACAUGCAAAGACCAAAAGCCGCAAUGAAUUGAUCAUAAACAAGGAUUGGCUACUGAUAUAACUUAUCCCUGUGUGUAGGCCCUACAUAUCAAACUAUGAUGCUCUAUGUACCACUCCAGCAUCAGUUAAUAUGCAUGUUUCCAUCAACAAUUAUCUCUGUGUGAGGACUUUGCAUGAGAAAAGCUUGAUGGAAACACCAGAUGCAUUCCUACUCCACAUUCAUUAUAAUCUACUUCACAUUCAUUAUAUACAACAGAACCCUUUAAAAGAAUCGGAGCUUUACAUUUGUGAGCUUUUUUAAACGAUUUAUGUGUUCAGAGGGGAAAAAAAGGCCACAGGUAAAGUGGAAGUAUUGAGAAACACACUAAUGUGUUAUUGGUUUUGGUAAUAUGAAGAAUAAGACCAGCCUUAUCCUUGAAAGCUAACCUGGGCAAAAUGUUGAUGCAGGAUUCACUUUUCUUCAGCCUAAAGCACAAAGAGAAGCUGCAUGUAAAGCAUCUUAUGGUCAAGACAAGAGGAGACAAAGUUACGCUGAUGGUAAAAGCAGUCAGCAAGUGUGUGAUUGUCUGCAGAUUACUAAGAUUUCUUGAAAAUGUUGCCUAGUAUAGCUUUAAGUAAUGAAUCAGGUUUGUCAAAACAAAUCUCUUUCACCUGUCAGUAUAUUUAUCUGGACCUAAACUGUGCUGCAGAAUGACGGCUGUUAAAGCACUUUUUUCUUUUACUUUAGUGCUUUCCAGCCUGAUGUCAAUUUCCCUCCCACUGUCUCUCCUUCUUGUAUUUCUUCUUCAAUCACAUGAAUAUUCACUAUAUCACUCUACAAGCACAGGACUUUAAUAUGGGACACCACUAUCUGGCAUUUGCAUUAAAAUAAUGUCUCAUCUUAUGUGAUUUCUGAGGUUCUUCUAGAAGCAUUGAUGGGAACUGGAAGCGGUGCAUCACAUUAUUCUAUGAGCAUAAUUUACAGAUAUUUAAGACAUUUCUGAAGGUGAUAUGCAGCACUAAAGUGGUUCGAUUGCCUCCUAAAACUUGUGUUUUUAUUUUGAAAAAAGGUGUGUGUUCUCAGUUUUGCAGCACUUGGUUGAAUUAUGCAGAACUUUGUGAUUGGAAAAUUGGAUAAAAACUUAAAAAAUAUAACCUGCAUGAAGAUUUAAGUAAAUAAUAAUAAUAAUACUUUCUACUAUUGCAAUUGUAUACUGUUGCGAUGAAGAACACCCAUGAACACUUGAUAGAUGUUUUAGACUGAAACGAGAUAAUGCAUAUUGCAUUUUUCUACCGACCAUCGUAAACACCUCUUCUGUUGUCAGUUUACCAGCUCCGAUGUACCUUACUGUACAAAACUUACAGAGACAGUGGAUUUUUUAUUUUGAAAAUGUUAUUUUGCUUACAGGUAUUUCUGUUCAUAUGGCUGUUGUUGGCAAAUGCUGUUGAGAUAGUUUUAUCCAUUGUUUUUGAGUAAGUUAUGACCUUGUUCUGAUCAGUUGUACAUGCACACAGGAUGGACGGGGAAGUCUGGGAGACGCCUGCACCCCACAGAGGAAUGAAUAAAGGCUUGUCAAU